GGGGCUUUUGCUGAAAACUUAUUUCGCUGGCUGCCCCCUCUUUCUGCACAAAGCCAGUGUGCACAGCGUCAUCCACGUUGGGACUACGUAGUGCAGCCUCUUCCACUUUGAAAUUUGAGCCCAAGUUGCAUGCAACCUGCGUGUAGGCUUUCGUGGACGUAUUUUGUUUUCCUUCGCUGAGGGCGAGAACGACCGUGGUGGUUGUUCCGCUGUGGCUUCCAGGAAAUAGUCGGACCCCUAUCACAAGUAAGGGGACCCAGCGAGCCUGCCGGAGUGGUCUUGGAGACUUGAGGCACCACCAUGAGCAUGCAAACGGUCAACCUUGAUACCUAUAGCCUGUCGCUGCUCACGGCCAAGGAGGACAUCCUCAACCAGCGCGCCUCCACUAACUGGGCAUUAUUUGUGUACGAGGGACUGACAAACAAGCUGAAACUCGCUGACUCAGGAGUGGGCGGUGUUACAGAGUUGGUCAGCAAGUUCCAUGCAUCCAAACCACAAUAUGGACUAUGCAGAGUGGGAAGUGCAGACACAGGAAGCCCCCGCAUUGCAAUGAUUGUCUGGGUCGGUGAACAUGUGGAAGAAUACCGCAAGACAGAAUGUGCCGGACACAUUCCAGCCAUCAAACAAUUCUUCAAGGAGGCGCACGCUUUCAUUAGUGCACACAAAGCAGAUGACGUGACAGAGGAGAGGAUAAGAGCUGAGCUCAGCAAGACCCAUGCUCCUCCUCAGUGGGCCAAGAAGAGCUCCAGGUCCUCGGAGAGGGAGGACAUUGUUGGUACAAACUACAGAAAGACAAAUGCUGCAAUGGAGAUGAGACUCAUAAACAGAGAUUCCUUCUGGGCACGUGCAGAGCGAGAGGAAGAACAGAGGAAGGAAGAGGAGAGGAGACGCGCUGCAGAGGAGAGACGGCGGCUUGAGAGGGAACGAGUUUUGAAGGAACGGAAGGAUGCAGAAGAAAGAGAUCGGAAAAUGAAUGAGAAACUACGGAUGAUUGAGGAGCAAAGGCGGAAGCAAGCAGAACAAGAGGAAGAACUGCACAGAAAGGAGAAAUUAAGAUGGGAGCAAGAGAAGAGGGAGCAUGAGGAGGAUAUGAGGGCUUGUCUAAGGAGGAGUGAGUCCAUCGAGAAGGCAGCUGAGGCAGCAGUGUUAGUGUCCCAACGCUCCAUGAACCCUAGGGAGUUCUUCAGGCAGCUGUCGUCAUCAUCGUCACAAAGUCCGACCAGCCCUGGAUCAUCGCGCUCUGGUAAACCAUUCAGACGAUACCAACGCAGCCUGACCGACACCGCUUUCAUCUUCUCCAGAGCAGACAACAGCACACCAUCCUCCCCUCGCAGCUCGCCCAUUGUCUCCCCCUUCUCACGGGCCUCUCCCUCCCCGAUAGGUGCCACAUCUCCUCCAACAAGCCCCAUUUUCCGCCCUCUCACCUCUCCUUCCAUGACCAAAGCCCCCGUUUCAACGCCCACGUCCCCUAUCCGUGACAGCCCUCCGGCUUCAGCCAUGCCUGUGAAACCCCCGCCAAACCAGCAGCCUGUUUUUGAGACCAAAGCUCCAUCACCUACAGAGCCCUCUGCACUGCCAGCCUCCUUCAAUCUGGAAGUUUGCUCAUUCGCUGGCUUGGAAGCACGAAACCCGUUACAGUCACACCAUGCGGUUCUGCCACCCUCACCCCCAAAUACACCGACCGAGCCAGAGUGCUCAACUUUCUGCUUUGAGGGUCCGCCUCCACAGCCCCCAACAUCUCCUCUUCCUGAGAUACCACAGUCUAACACUGCAGACCUCCAUACUGCCAUGCUGGUGCACACUGAUCUGCUCUCAAAUACUGGCUACAAAGCACAAGCUGUACUGCUCGAAGAAGACGAGGAAGAAGAGGAGCAGGAGGAGAAGGAGGAGGAAGAAGACAUGGAGGUGAACAAUGAGGAGGAAGCUGAGGUACAGCUACAACCUUGUGCCUGCCCUGAAGAACAAGUCCAGGCUGAGCCAGAGGGGCAGCUGCAGGAGGAGGAGAAGGCGGAGCAGAUGGAGCAGCAGGAGGAAAUAUCAGAGCAGCAGGUGGAGCCUGUAUCCCCAGUGGACGCAAUUGAAGAGGUCCAGGAGGAUGAAGAGGAGGCCACUCAAUACAAAGAGCAGAAUGACCAAUUUGAAGACGGCCAAACCGCAGAUGAACCUGUUGAGCUUUCUGAAAAAGAAGAAGAGUCAGAUCCCGCAGAUGAGGAACACAUUUGUCAGACAGUCAAGCUUGAGACAGUGGUUCUACCAACCAAUGGGUUCACAAAUGGAGAAGAACAAGAUCACAAUGGCAUCGAGAGAUCUUUAAGCCCGUCCGAUGCUGAAAUCAGCUCACCAGAGUUGAGCGGGUGCUAUGACCUUCAUAAAGCUGCAGAGAGCGAUGACAUCAUUGAAGAGAAAGAGAUCUCCGAAAAUGGACAAGCGGUUUUAUCUGAGCAACAAAUGUGUGUCCGAGCUCUGUACGACUACCAAGCAGAGGACGAAUCAGAGAUCUCCUUUGAACCUGGUGACAUCAUCCGGGACGUGGAAACGGUGGACAAAGCUUGGUGGAGGGGGUGGAGCAAAGAUGGCCGCCAAGGAUUGUUCCCCGCCAAUUAUGUAGAGACCAUAUAACAUGCACACGCGCACACACACAUAUUCACACUCUCAGGGACGCCAUCAUCCCUCACAGUUUAACCGUCUUCUUCCCACUGAAUCUUUGUAUUUUCCACAAAGUGUUUAUUUUGAUAUUCUCUUAAUAAAAAAAAAAAAAAAACUCAAUAUUUUAACAAUUGUGGCAAUAUUACAACACUCUCAUUUUUUUUUCCAGAUGAAACAAUCAGGAGUUUUUUUUCUUGGACCAAAAUAACUUAUUUCCUGUGGAGUUACUGAAGGAAUGUUGGUGGGCGGGAUCACAUCACAAUAGCAACCUGAUCACAAACCUGCUUUGCUUGUAAGAAGAGAUCUUCAUCGUGUAUAGUUAUGUUUUGAUCCAAACAUAUAAGAAGCAUUCCCUUCUCUUCUUUGUGUCUUACAUUACAAAAACAUACUUCUCUGCUCUUGACUGGUAAUAUACACUAUAAGAUGUACACCUCGACUUAUAAUCAUCUCCCUUGGCUUUCCUGCGGUAUUUUCUAGCACUAUAUUUGUUACUGACAGCCUUUCAACAUAUCUUGAUUAACCGCCAAGAAAGACUACCGUGGAUAAACAAGCAGAGUUGAAAGCCUCCGUAUUUACCUGUGUCACUCUUUGAGGCCAUGCUGUUUUGUUGUCAUGGUGAUGUCUAGACUUACAUUGUUUCAUUAAGUUUUCUUUUUGCCCCUCCUGGAUUUUAAUUACAUUUUGUUAACACAAAUAUAAUACAGAGUGUAAUCAGCUAAAAUAUCCUAAUCAUACACUGUAUAUAAAAAUGUAUAGCGACAACAAUUAUUCCUUUCGCGGUUGUGUCAUGUGUGUUUCAUGGUUGUUUGAGUGUGCUUUGUAUUUACUCCAGACUUGCAAAGAAUAGAGCAUCUACAACCAAUUUUAUUAAAAUGGUUUUCUCCUAAUA